AUGUUUGAAUUAAAAACGUCUAAUCCAAUUGAUUCGGUAGACUUAAAAGUGCGAUUAAAUAAACAUGGAUACAAGUAUAAAUUUAUUAAAUUAUCAGAACUGGUAAUUGACAAAAAAUAUGAAGUUACUGCUUUUGAAAUCAUUAACAUUAAUGGGCAAGAAAGAAUAUCUGCGACAUUAGGUGAAUAUAGCGAUCUUUAUUUAAAAACUGAUGUGGUAAUACUAGCUGACGCGUUUGAAAAUUUCAGAGACUUAUGUUUAUCUACUCUUGAGUUAGAUCCUGCUCAUUAUAUGACUGCUCCAGGAUUUGCGUAUGAUUGCAUGCUUAAAUAUACUAAGAUCGAGUUGGAAAGGUUAAAAUGUCCUAAUAUGCUUUUGUUUAUAGAGAAUUCAAUUCGUGGUGGGAUAACCCAAUCAACUAAAAGAUUUGGUAAAGCAAACAUACCAAAUAUUGAAGGAUUGAAUUAUAAUUCUAACGAACCGAUUACAUGGUUAACAUAUCUUGAUUGUGUAAAUUUAUAUGGAAAAUCUAUGUUGACAGAAUUACCUUUUAAAGAUUUUGAAUGGGUUGAUGACUUAAACAUAGACGUAACUAAAAUUGCUGAUGAUUCUGAAGUUGGAUAUAUAUUAGAAGUCGAUAUUGACUACCCAAAACAUUUACAUAAGGCUCAUAAUGAUUUCCCGUUUUUACCGUUGAACGAAUGUCCGCCAAAUUCUAAAGUUAAGAAAUUGUUAACUACACUAUUACCGAAAAAAAACUAUAUUGUUCAUUAUAAAAAUUUAAAACAAGCGAUAUCUCACGGUCUUAUACUUGUAAAAAAUCAUCGAGCUAUCUCCUUUUCUCAAAAGAAAUGGAUGGCAUCGUACAUUGUAUUCUGUACUAAAAUGAGAACAAAAGCCAAAAACGAGUUUGAAAAAGAAUUCUGGAAGCUUUUAAUUAAUAGCGUUUUUGGAAAAUGUAUGGAGAAUGUUCGAACAAGAACUUCUAUAAAACUGGUUUCGUCAGAAAAAAAAGCUAAUAAAUUAAUAUCAAAAACUAACUUUAAGGAUAGAACUAUAUACUCUAGGAAUCUUAUGGCUAUUCAUCAACAUAAGGAAACUAUUAAAUUCGAUAAAGCGAUUUAUGUAGGAUCUGUAAUUUUAGACGUUUCGAAAACUUUUAUGUAUGGUUUUCAUUAUAAUGUAAUGAAAAAGAAAUAUGGUAGAAAAAUUAGUUCUUUAUAUUCGGAUACAGAUUCCUUGAUAUAUGCUAUUCAAACAGUAAAUUUUUUCGAUGAUUUAAAAAAUGAUUUAUUACCAUAUUUCGACACAUCUAAUUAUCCCAAAGACCAUUAUUGCUUUAGUGAAAUCCAUAAAAGUCAACCAGGAUUCUUCAAGGACGAACUUAAAUCAAAAAUUCUUAAAGAAUUCGUUUCAUUGAGACCAAAAUUAUACGCUUAUAAAACCAUAGAUGAUACUGUAGAAAAAAAAGCAAAAUGGC